CAGUUUUUUUGUCCACAUCGAACUGAACGGCUACUUUCAAUGCAUAUCCUCAAUCGAACCUUCCUUUAAAUUCACAGGUACCUUAAUCAUACCUUUGGUUUUUGUUUUUCAUUUCCUGAGACUCAUGGUACUCCUCAUCCAAAGUAGUACCUACCUGGUAACAGUUUAAUUCCAUUUGACGAACCCAUGGAAAAUAUGGCUGCAUUGCCAUCGUGGCAUCCUUGUUGCUUGUUCAUUUCUCGUCCAUCGCCUGAAUAUCAUGAUGAAUGAUACAUUAUGGACAGCCUUGUACUCUGUAGAGAAUCAUAUUUAUAUUCGGUUCUGCAAACCAGGACCUACAGAACCCUUCUUACAGCUACUGGGCAGGAGUAAAUCUCAGAGGCAGGGCGCCCUUGACGCCUAUGUUGCCCUUGGCGCGCUUUAGGAGCCGAAAAGGCUUCCCCUCUGCGAUCGUACACGCAGCUGCUCUUUCUCAACACAACAUUAAGUGGGGUCAUAAAGUGGGCGAUCAACAACAUUUCGCUGGUGCCUCUUUGGCCGCCAUGAAAUAAAAAAUCAAUGAAUGGGGCAGAGAGUAAUGACUCAGGGAUGUUUAUGCUCUGAUUGGAGGUAUCGGCUUGGCUCAAGGGCAUGUUGAAGCUAUGAUUGUAUAUGAGAUGAAUGGAAACCCAGGCCUGCCCGGGCUGCCCCCACCGUAAUUGAGGGUUGGAGUGUAAGUCUUUUUGAGGAAUAGCAAUGGGUGCCUCAGCAUUCCAUUUAUUUUAUAUUUUAUUUGUUGUGUGUUUUCUCUCUCACAACCUGUCCUGCCAUGUACAUGACAUCCCAAAUAUGGGGCAUUUAUGUUCCUCCAUCAGCUGCCAACAACAUUUCGCUGGUGCCUCCUCCAACUCCGUACUUGGCCACCAUGAAAUACAAAAUCAAGGGUGCCUAUUACCUUGCCUCGCCACCCGAACGCUAAGAGGCUCUCAGAUAUAAGGCAUAAUCUCCACCAAUGUUGAAGCUCAGCCUCUACAUUGUCCCCCUAGCAAUAUUUCUUGGUUUCUCAUGGAGGAACAUGGGCUAUGCCGUUCAGAUACAAUUUUACUCUUCAUUUGCAUGAUUCUUUGUAUAAUGAUUUGGGAUUUCGAUCAUGGAUUGUGGAAUUUUGAAACAGAGCCAUAGUAAAUGUAAGAGGCAGGGCAUAAUCUCCACCAAAUUUGAAACUCAGAAUCUACAUUGUCCCUCUAAGCAUACUUUCUUGGUUUCUCAUGGAGGAACAUGGGCCAUGCCAUUCAGGGUGCAUAUGAGAGUGCAUAUAAGACGAAUAAUGGGGCGAGUAGAUAGGAAACCCUGGCCUGCCCCCACCGUAAUGAUCCCAAUUGAGGGGAGGAAAAUGCAAGUCGUUUUGAGAGAUGGCACAUCCAUUGAAGGGAUCCGAAUGGAGGAGUGGGUGUCUCUAUAUGCUAAAUGUAGAUGAUGUGGUUGAAGGAUCUAAUAAGUCCAAGUUUGAUGUAAAUGAUGAAGAUAAUGAAAUGGAG